AUGAUUACUUAUCUUUAUAAUCAGUUCUCUUUUUUUAUCAUUGUCCUUUCUUUUCUUUCUCAGGUUUCCUCUUUUCUUUCUUUCCUUUUCUUGACACAAAUACGAUUUCACACACUGUCCGGCUGUAACAGAGAUAUACCCUUUCUUCCUCUCUCUGGUUUUCUUUUUUCUUUCUUUCUUUCUUUACACAGUUCAGCUUGUAACAGAGAUAUAUACUUUCUUCCUCUCUGGUUUUCUCUUUUCUUCAAACGCAGGCUGUAUUCUCAGCGUACAAAUUCCUUUGCGUCUUCUGUGAUAAACCACGCGAGCUAUCGUCUUCAAUUUGGGGUUAUCGAACAGAAAUACUUGUUCUUAUAUUUCUUGUCCGGAGUUGCCUGGGAUGAAUCGGACAAGUUCCAUCAUUAUCAAAUGAGUUUCAUCUUUCCGUUCCUAAGUUAUCAGCGCUUCGAUUUCGAGUCUUGCUCCUUCAAAGACAAGACAGCAACUGACUCCCAAGUAAUUUUCUAA